GUUGGUGUAUGGUAGUGUAAACAUGGAUACGGGAGAAGACGCCGUGCCUCCAGAUAAAAAUGGUGGCCCUUCGGGUAAUCAAAAGCGUCCUAGUUCUGAAGAUGAUAGUGGAGCAGAUCUUCACGGAAAAAAAUCUAGUCCCCCAAGCGCGUCCAUUCAACAUACGUACGUCCGUCCGGGAUAUGAAAACGCUAACGAUUACAAGUAUGCACCGACUGAUUUAGGCCCAUUUGUAGUUCAUGUGUCCCGAGAGGAUACCGAAAGCACGAACACUUCAAGUCGUAUGAAAGCCUUAAAAAUGGCCCAAAUAAUAUAUAAUAAUAAAGUACCAGGCAUCAAAGAAAUAAAAGCAUUAGGGAAAACAAAAAUGGAAAUCCACUUCGCAACAGCGUCAGAGGCAAAUUCAUUUCUAUCUCAUGACAUUUUGACGACGCAUAAGCUUUCUGCAGCAAUCCCGCGGUUCCAGGUAUCUCGCAUGGGGGUAGUUAGGCAAAUUCCUCUGGACUGGACCCUGGAGGAAUUCGUAAAUAGCAUUGAAUGCCCUACAGGGUCUGGCCCAGUGGUCAAGGCACGUAGGCUAAAUAAGAAAAGAGAAGUGGAAGGUCGUCGUGUUUGGGAACCCACAGGAACAGUUGCACUAACUUUCCUCGGACAGGUUUUACCUGAAAAAAUUUAUAGCUUUAGCAUGUCCUUACCCGUCUCCACAUAUAAACUACCUAUAAUUCAAUGUAGAAAAUGUGUAAGAUUCGGCCAUAUUAAAGAACAAUGCCGCUCCAAUCCUAGAUGUUCACGUUGUUCGCAAAAUCACGAAACAACUGAGUGUUCAGUCCCCGAUGCUGAGGUAUCCUGUCUUUUCUGUUCGGGCCCGCAUGCCGCAACCAACCAAAGCUGUCCAGAAUUUGCCCGCCAAAGGUCUAUCAAGUUGGUAAUGGUAGAAGAAAAUAUAGGAUAUAUUGAAGCUGCGAGACGCUUCCGUCCAGUUAGAACAUCAUUUGCUGACAUUGCAAAGACUAGCCAAGCAAACCAACCAAACCGAGAAAUCAGGUCGCUCUCCCCCUCAUCUAAAAGUCCAGCGCAGUCUUCAUCAUCUCAAAAUUCCCCAACAACUCAGACGACUCAGUCAUAUAGAAAAACUAUCCUAGUGCAAAGAAGACCCAAGCCUGUGCUUGGUAAGUCUUAUGAUGUAGAGGCUCACAGAAACAUCACAUCCACCCCUCAAUCGUCUCAAUCAAAUGGAUGUGCACUGGGACAGCAGGUCUCAGAGACACCUAAUGACAACCUUAGCUAUGGCGUGUCACUGAUUAUUGAUGAUCUCCUGAGCAGAUUUGGAGACAUCUUACCGUACAGUGCUCUAGAAGCCUUCCAGGCUCAAAUCUGUGCUUCGAUUAAUAAAGCCAUACAAAACGGCCUCACACAACCUGAUACAAUGGAAUGCUAGAAGUAUUAAAAAUAAAAAGCAUGAAAUUAUAAAUUUAAUUAAUUUACAUAGCCCUUCUAUCCUUGCCAUCUCGGAGACUUGGUUGGCGCCUGGAUCCCACUUUAGGGUUACAGGCUACUCCUGUCUUAGGGAUGACAGGGAUGACGGGCAUGCUGGCUGUGCUAUUUUAAU